CACCAAUGACUCGUCACUUAACUUGGAUUUUAGCCUUUUGACUCGACCUGACUUGAUACCGUCCCCAAGCCCAGAUACUAAAAAUGACGCUAUUAAAAAAGUGUUAAGAAAGAAAAAAAUCGGAUAUAAAGACUACACUGUAUCAACAAAAAACGGAUUUCAACUUGCAAAACAUGCGGGAAGAAAAUUAGACGGAGGCGCAACAACUUCCAACUUUGUUCGACAUUUGAAGUUGCACAAAGAACGGUAACCAGAUUGUGACUACAACUAAGUCUUUGACCACACUGUGUCCUUAUAUUGGACGCCGUGGGGCGGCAAGUAACCUAGUGGGUAGAGCGUUGGACUGGUAACCGAAAGGUUGCAAGAUCGAAUCCCUGAGCUGACAAGGUCUACAUGAGGAUUGACGACAACCAGGAUGUUCUUAAUUCAAAACUUAAAAUCCAGGGCGGUGGACAUUCUUCCACUGAGGUGUUGAGGAUUGGAGAACCAUGGCUCAGUUUCAAAGCUUGAUAUGGAUAAUGAACCUAGCUAUCAUUUUGACACUUCUAACCAUUCAGCGCUCUAGUGCAUGUGGUAGAGCAGAGUACAGAACAGGUGUUGAAUGCUGUCCUAUGUGUUCUCCAGGAAACCGGGUACAUAAACACUGUACAGAAUUUUCAAGUACUUCCUGUGCCCCCUGUACCGACUCCACUUUCCUUGAUGAACCCAAUGGUCUUACAGCAUGCAUACUGUGUACCAACUGUGACCCAGGCUUUGGUUUGUCGGUAAAGCAGCCAUGUAGACCUUCAUCAGACACUGUCUGUGAGACACUGGAGGGGUUCUACUGUCUAGACCCAACUAAGGAUGGUUGUAGAGCAGCCCAGAGACACAGCAGCUGUAAACCUGGCCAAUACAUCAGUCACACAGGAACAACAUCUACAGAUACUGUGUGUUCUGACUGUACUGGUGAUACCUAUUCAGAUGGAUCAUUAACAUCCUGCCAGCCACACACACAAUGUGAUACCUUGAAGCUUCAGCAAAUUAAACCUGGAACUCAUUGGUCCGAUUCUGAAUGUGGACCACAGACCUCCCUUUCCAUAGCAAUAAUAUCUGCGGUGGUGGUGGUGGUACUAGCUGUGAUAGCAGCAGUGACAGCAGUAGCUAUUAGAAGAAAAAGAAAAGAUCCUGUAUCCGGUGAGCUUAUUUGGAGGAAUUGUACAGUUUCAUUUAUUGUUUUAAUUGCCCAGAUGAACAAGUGAGAAACAUCCAACACUGAAUCAAAUCACAUUUUAUUUGUCACGUGCCAAAUACAACGGGUGCAGACUUUACCGUGAAAUGUUGCUUACGAGCCCUUCUAAAUG